AUGCGUCGACGUUGGGUCCUACUCUUGCCUUGUCUCGCCAUGCUUGCCUGUGCGGAUGGAUGGGAUGAUUUUUCCAACAACCUCGCCUCAGAUCUCGCCCCUAUCCUAGCCCUCUUUGGUGAGCAGGUCACUAAACAGUUUCUGAGCGAGUCCACGUCGUGGCUCGACAACUUCAUCUUCGCCAUGGUGCCCCUCGGUAUACUAACUGCCGUCGUCUCUGCCAUCCGCGUCUGUGGCGGCUCAUCCUUGCGCGCCUUCAUCGGCCGGGCCCAAGAAGGCGGCGGUGUCGCCGAAGCAGAGCUAUGCUCCUCCACGAGUCGAGAUGUCUGCGAGCUCUACCACAACGGGUCCAUUGUCCGCGUCUUUGGCCGCCCCAAGAUCCUAGAAAUCGUUCACGACCCCACUGACGCACUGUUCUACGACGAAGAUGAUAAGACGGCGAAUUUUGGCAUCUACUCGUUUCAAGAAUAUAUUGGUGACCCGCCCAAAGGCUCCGCUUGGACAGAAGAUGGCAAACCCGUUCAGGGAAGCCGUGAAGCAGACGACGAUGUCGAGGCUGCGAGAGACGGCCAGAAACCCCCUAGCUCCGCGAAAGACGAGAUAAGAUUCGCGCUAAACCCAAACUUGUCUCUCAAUAUUGGCAUCAAAAAACAUCCGCGAUGGAUGAGGUUGGCCGCAGGGCUAGGGCUGUCCCUCCAAUGCUGGAUCAUUGCCUAUGCCGCCCUCGUGAAAUACCGUUGGCGCUGGAAAAAGAAUGAUCGCGUUACCCCAGACUGGGCUUUGGGUUUGAUGGCGGCUGGAACUGUAGCUCAAUGCUCUGGCAUGUAUCUCUGCGCCAUGUUGGUCGAGAGAAGCACCAAAGAGAGGGUAUUCAAGCGAAAGGCAACGGGCCAAGGCGACCCUAUGCUGCGCGUCGUGCAACCAGGCAACCAAGUUAUUGGAGAUCAAACGUUUGACCCGUUCUCGUUCGCAACAGACCCAAAAGAGCCCCUGGAGGAAUACACAACCUCUUGGAAGGACACCCAGAAGCGCACAACUGAGUGGAAAGUAUACUGCAGCGUAGUGCUGACCCUCGUCGGAUUCGCCGCGCAGUUUACUGGAUUGCGAUAUAUGCACUCGUCAGUUUCGGUUACCCAGCUCGGCGCGAUCCUGCUGAUGAGCCUUGCUCGAUCCAUGCUGCGCACAGAGCGCCUUAAAAAGGAAGAAAAUCGCCUACAAGAUCGCCCGGAUGAGGUGGAGGGCUCUGAGUUGGACUGGCUCGCUAUUCAAAUUGGCGGGGACGGUGAUUACGACCCGAAGAAUAGCGCACUGCUUUGGUCAGUCGUUGCUGAUGCAGAGCGAAAGUCAAGCACGCGCGAUAUGGAAGGACCCGGGCAUGGCAAGGCCGAGGUCGCGAGCGGCGCCAAGCCCAACGUCGUGACCGAAUCAAAAGUCAUGAAGGAGAGAAAUAAGACGACAAGCUCUGUUGAGAGCAUCGAAAUGAUAUCCAACGCUGGGAAUCCACAAAACACGGACGCGGUUAAUGUAACCGACAAGUGUGACAAGCCGAUAGAUCAAAUCCAUAUCCUCAGGUCCGCCUCCCACUCCACGGCCAGUGACAGGAUGAUCAAGGCUGGGCACAUGAACUGGCUCAAACACACCGACUGCAGAAAGGACCCGAAACAGCAUAUAUGCCCUGCUACACUCCUCCACUAUCGCGCUCGGCUUGCACAGCUGACCAGCCAGUCCAAGCCGUCCCGGGCCGGCCGCUCCAACGUACGGGGAGAUCAACUGGUACGAGCUCGACCGCCUGCCCGACAGUUGAAAAAGGCCAUCGAGGCGACUGCAGAUAUUCUCUUUGCCCAUGGGAUGGUCAAAGAGGUCUACCAAGCUGCGCAGCACUUUACCUGGUCGCUCAGCUCCCAUAAUCGAGUCGAAUCCCGCUUCGGCAAUCAAGCUGCCAACGGCCAACCGACGGCGAACACAGAAGAGUCAGAUCAAAGGAUCGCUGCGGGCUUUUCACAUUGCCAAGAUAAGGAGGCCGAACAAUCCCGGCCACCCCAGACACACCAGCAAUCUCAGUCGGAAACAUCCUGUGAGAUACACUUAUCUCUAAUUAGGCCUGUAAAAGGCAAAACGCUAUCUUCCUGGCAGGCUGAUCAACACGCUCUCGAAGCCGUCAUCGGUCUUUCGGCAUGGAGCAUGAUUUCUCACCCUAUCAAGGAGACACAAGACAAUUUCGGACUUACCAUUUCAGAAGCGGCAGGAGUACCAAAUGGACGCAUCCUGGCGGCGGCGAAGAAUGCAAAAGACUUGCAGCGAGCCAAGGUGGACCUGGAGCUAUGGAUAGGGGACUUCCUCGUGCAGACAACGGAAAGGAGAUUGGCCUCGAACUUGUCUCCGUAUCAUAAAGGUCCAAGUGUGGUGUGGCAAGAUGACGAGGCUGACUUCAAAGUUCUUGCAGCAAAGAGUGUCGGCCCCCAGCUACGACUGUUUGGCUGGGAAACAACGAAAGGGGUGCGGCAUGAUGUUGACUUGAACAAUACUGAGCUCUUGACCUUGAUUUCGACCUUCCCAGUCAGCGACAGCAGCAACAACCCUCUGCCUACCCUCUGCGCCCAAGACAUCUAUCAGUCGUUUCUUUGCUCCAUCACGGCGAUCAUGGACUCUGUUGGUCCUAAAGGAGCCGCCGGAUUAGGGAUAGAGCGAAUCUCUUGA